AUGUCGUGGAACGAUUUUCAAGGAAAAACGCCUCCGCCCUUUGGCCAUGCGAUGCUAGAAUACUUUGCCUUCGACCCUGGCUACACCAAUCUCAACCAUGGCUCUUAUGGCUCUCUUCCACGACCCAUAUCGGCCUACUGCGACUCUCUGGAUGUUGAAGCCGAGUCCAACCCAGACAAAUGGAUUCGUCAGACAUACCUUCCUCUUCUCACCAAUGUCCGUACUCGUCUUGCAGCUCUCCUUGGUGCCAAGCCGGAAGAAUGUGUAAUGGUCUCUAACGCGUCCCAUGGAAUAUCGACGGUGUUGCGUAACUUGUUAUGGAAAGGGGGCGACAUUCUUGUUACUUAUAGCACGACUUACGGCUCUGUAUUGUCCACUGCUCAAUACCUCUCCGAUACUCUGCCUCAUCCGACAGUGUCCCAAAUCAAAAUCACUUUUCCCACAUCUCGUUCGGCUGUCCUAGACCAAUUCCGCGCGCAUCUUGUUGCCAUCCUUUUUUUCAAUCUGGCCAGCAAUUCAUAUGUCUGUUCUCUUCCGAGUCACAUGAAGGCCACAAAAACUUUGUCGAGCAAUUCGUCUCCAACCAUCAACUUCGUUCCUUUCCUCGUUGUUCAACUAUGUAAGUAUACGGAGAUUAACGCCACCGUCAAGAUCUCGCAAAGCCUGGCAUCAUUCAGCUCGCAGAAAUGCUAG